AUGCCUACAGUCCUCGGUGGCAAAGGGAAACUUUCCAUUGUCUGUUUUCUACUCAAAUGCGCCUAUUCUCAGGUAAGAGAUUGAGUGGAGACUUUAAAAUAGCUUAUUCACAAAAAUAGUCUAGAUUUUUAUAAUAUGUGUGUGUGUGUUAGCUGCAGUGAGUUUAUCUUUCUUACACAAAACUAUUGCAUGUUUAGUCUACAUUCAUAAAUCUGCAAGUCGUUUGUAAAGAAUAACUCUUCUUUUACUCUAUUAAUGGACUAAAAUGAGGGAAUAAUCCCUGUGGUGUCAUGCAUUUUGUGCUGCCUCUUCACUGAAGUUAUGCCCAGAAAUUGGCAUAACUUCAGUAAUUGCAGAUGCUUUAAGAAUGUAACAGGUGGUUUGUAGUGUAUGGCUGCCAUGCUAGUUGAUGCAGGUGUUUUGAUGGGUUGUGGUUUGUUUGUUCCUUGGGGAUUUCACUCAUCUGGGUAUUGCAACAGCGCUGUAGCCAGAAGUGCUGGAGGCUGUGGAUGUGUGAAACACAUUGCACACGAUAAUAUCCACUCUAAUGGGCCAGUGAAGCGUAAAAACCAAGAAAAGCUGGCCUGAUUUGGGCUUGUUCAUUGCCACGGGGAUGUAAAAUUCUGCCUGUCUGUGUUUAUGUUUUUCAUUUUGUGCCCAUGGCCUCAUAACCGCCUGGUGUCUUUGAUAUUCAGACAGUUCUCACACACAUUGUUUUCCAUCCGCAGGCUGUGGGUCCAGCCACUCAGACUCUGACCUUAGUGAGUCAUGCAAGCAAGAAGAGUCAGUUUCACAGACUCACACACACACACAUACACGUACACAAGCAUGCACUCUGCUCACAUUUUUCAACUGUGCAUACUGGUGCUGCACAGAUGGCACCGAAAAGACACAGAGGGGCAUAAAAGCUAGAAGUAAAUCACCAAAAUGAGAGUAAAAGAGUGUGUGUAAAGGAAACUGAAAUUUGGUUACUAAGUACAAAGAUUAAGUGUUCAGCAGAUGGAGUCCAAUGAGGAGUUUAGGGAUUCAGAUUGAUUCAAAAGUGAAAAACAUCAUUUACUUGCAAAUUUUUGCAAUAGAAUUGAUGAAUAAAGUAAGGAGCAAUUCUUGUUGACGCAUUUAAAAAAAAAGUCAGCUCAUCUUUUCACACAGAAGUUCCAGUCAUACUGAAACAGACUGAAACAGGCUCACCCACACCUACAACACCAACAAAAAAAGGGAUGUGAAAGUCAAGAAAACAGUAAAGUAAUUGUUCUUUAUCAUGAUGCUUGAGCAACACUGUUCUCUGCUCUCAUUGCACAGUGCUGAAUUUGAAUUGUGUGCUGAGAUGUGAAAGGGGAGGGCUGGGGGGGAUGGGGGGGUUGCCUAAUAUGGAUGGAAACAGAAAGUUGCCUGCAACAAAAUCAGCAUCCGUCUGAUCAUCUGCAGCUGUGAAAUCAAAGAUAUGAGUCAUCAUCGAGCCCCAACCGACCCACAACUCUCACAGUUACUCUGUGUGUGUGCAUGUGAUACUGUAACAUUUACAGUCAAGCGCUUCAUUCAUUUGAAUGACUGAAAAGGCGGGAAGCAGAAUGAAGAAGGUGAUUCUUUCAGUGUUUAUGAGCAAUAACUGCAUAUCUAUCUUUGUCAUAGGGGCUGAUAGGUUAAGGGUCACAUAUUGAGUAAUUAGUGAAGAAAGAAAUGAAGCAGUCUCUGUACUGUGUUUUUAAUUCAUGUAUGUGUGUAAUAGUUUAAACCCACAGUCUUUGCAGAUCUUAGAUGCUCAAAUACAAUUUCUGUGCACCGGCAACUACAGCUCUUUUUCUAUAUGAAUACGUCUUAGAUAACUAGACCUCUGUUUGUCGCUGUAAGUUAUUACUAAACUAAUAAUCGAUACUAAUAUUGAACUUCUUCCUGGUUUUGCAUCAGUCUCAAUUUACCGUAACUUUCCCUUUUUACUUGUGUUUGCACAGGUAACAAGAAGUCAACACAACAGCUGUGCCAAAGAUAUUCUCGAGGUAAGAUUUUAUUUUUUUCCUUUGCUGUGUUUAGAUAUUUUUGAAUGGUGCAAUUUAAAAUGUUUGUUUUCUUCCCUCCAAAAUCAAAAAUAUUCAGACUCAUGCCUCACAAUUUGUUGGGUUUUGCUGUGAUAAUUUACUGGGUAUUUUGAGAAAUGUUCUAUUAAAAGAAAAAGCCUUUAUAAUUAAAGCCAUGGUUGGUUUUAUGCUGGUGCCUUUUGUCCUGGCAAAUGUAAAAGGGAAACAUCAAAUCAGAUAUGGCAAUUUCUGAGAAUGUUUAACAUAAUAUAAAUAACUCACAUAGAUGAAUAGUAUAAAUAACACUGUGAAAAUGACAAGUGUCAACCCCUCGCUACUAUUAGGCCUCAUUAAACUGUAAUUUUGUUGUAAUUUCAAAUAAGAGAUCCAUGGGUGGCAGCAAUUAGAUAUAAUGUGUAUUUUAAAUGAAACUCAAUGGGCCCACAGCUUAGCUGACCAGUCCCCUAUGUACUCAGUCUAUGGCAUUGUUGAACAAGCUGCAGGCUCAAAACCUGGUCCUGGCAGAAAUUGGUGCUUGUCAUCUUCAUGGACUACAAAACAUGGACGUAGUCUCGGUAAUGUCAUAUGUUGGCUCCUGAAAAGGAAGCCAAACAAUAGUGAGUGCCACACUGGGAAUUCUGAAUCAGCCAAACUUAUGAUCAAACUUGGAAAAACCACAGGAACGAUGUGAAGCCCAGGUGGGUCUUCAGCCUCUUGCAUAACAGCUGCAACAUGAAUACCUGUCUGUCAACCUGCCACAGCCCUAAUUAUGCAAAUUUAUGCAUAACCCGAUACAACAAAAAAGGCAGUAUGUUAAAAAACGAUUUAUGGUGUUGGUGUAAACCAUAGACUGUAAUAGAAUGGACGCCAUCCGCCUCCUUGCUGGGUGAAGCCACCCUAAGAACAGCACCCUCUGUUGACGGGCUUCAGUAUAGGUCAUAAAUCCCGCCUCCUCCAGCAAAGCUUAUGGAGCUGUGGACAAACUUUAGAAAUUUAUUACACAAAAUAUACCCCCCCCCCCCCCCCUUUGCAAUGUUGACAUGUAGUUACUGUAAGACUGGUUUGUACUCAAGUCCUCUUUUUUCUGUACAGCUCCAUUUUUAAAAGUUAUUAGGGGGUUCAUGUUUUCUAUGAAUGGCACCUGAUACAGCCUAUGGGCGUUAGAAGAUUGUGUAGCUCACACGGGGGAUACGCUGUUUGAGCCGAGCGUAAUCACAGCGACUCUCGGCGACUCUCCCGCCAAAUGCGUACAAUGCUACUGCGCAAUAUUGGUUUCAGGAAAUGGAGAAAAUGCGGAAAUACUGGGAGUUUUUCAGCUUCAAAUCCGUAUACAGGCGGGAGGCGGAACCAAGUUGUCCAUAAUAUAUACAGUCUAUGGUCUAACUAUCAUCACCGAGAUAAUCCAGUUUGGGAUAUAUCUUUUCUCUUUCGUGUAUACAGCUCAGUCUGAUUGAAACUAGUCUAAGCAUUGCGCGCAUGCUGCAUAGCUGGCAUGCCAGGGUUUGGUCUAGAAGUUGAGGGGCAUAAGUGCGCUGCCAGGAAGCUAAGUUGUCAACAAAGCCUCAACAGAAGAAGAAGGGAUGUAAAUACAGAUGAAGCUGUCGUAUCAUACGUACAAAUGGUAUGGAGCUGUAAAAACUGAGUUUCAGCGUUCGAGAUAUACCCCAUCAGCCACUAGCUAACAUGUUUGUUUUGGUUUGUAACAGGUCAACCAAGAAAUUACAUAGUAGUGAUGAGCUGAAAAGGGUCAUGUAGCCUAUAGGUCCUAUAUGAGUUUAACAUUGGUUUUAUGAUAAGUUAAAAAGAACUUUACUUAUCCCAGUGGGGAAAUUUAAUAUUAGAGCCCUCCGAGCUUUUGUAGCCAGUUUUUGUAGCCAGAACUGCAGUUUUUUUUUUUUUUUUUUUUUGCAUGGCUGCAUUGGUGAAAAUUUUUAGAAAUCAGAGGCUGCCGUACAGCCGUCCUCCACCUUAUUCCCAUAUUUUCGUACCCUCUUAAGCUGUAUAAUGAAAUAAAGGCAAAAAGCAAAAAAAAAAUUAUCUUAAAAACCACCAAAAUACCAGCUGUAUAAUCACAAUUUCGGCAAAUGAGUUGUGUCACAAUUCAUUCACCAUUAAAAGUCAUGCUCUGUCUCCUUGGAGGAUAUUAAUUUGGGGUUAGACUGUAAAAAAGUUGUUCUUUGAGAUGUGAUAAAGUUUCCCAGAAUCUACGGGGGCAUCUUCUGACAAUUUUUUGUUUGACAUAAUUUCCAAAAUCAAAGUGCUCAAAAUUGAUUGAGUGAAAGGCAGGAGAACACUCAAUUGUGUACUGUUGUCUCAUAAACAAUGCAAUAAAACACACACAAAAACACCCUACGAUUAAAAGUAAGAGAGAAUAUUCAUAUAUAAACACUGUUAAUGCAUCAUUGUAAAAGCUGCAGAAAAGCUGGUAAUUGACUCAGAUGUCUUCCCUCAGUAGAGAGAAACUCUACUGUGCGUCCUGUCAUUGAGGGCAGGUAAAAGGAGCAGGGAAGAGUGGAGUUACACAGCACGGGGUGGGGAAAGGUGGGCGAAAGAUAGCAACACAUAACGCCCCACCUGGGAGACCUUGUUGUUGUUGGAGAAGGAAAGCGGUACAGAGGUCUGAUGCUGUGUCCUUGGUGACUGAAGGAGGAGGAUAAUGAAGUGAGAGGAGGAGCAGAGAGAGGAAACACUUGCCCUCCUGGGCUUACUGUCAAGGGAAGAGGAGAGGAGGAAGAGAGAAGCUGUCAAGCCAGCAGGCAGGUUCAUAAAAAUGUGUCAACUCAUGAACAUCUCUGGGUUUUCAAAAUAAAACAAGAAGCAUUCGCCUGAGCAGAUUCUCAUUCAGUGUCAAAGAUUAUCUUUGAUAUUUUGAGCUUUACUCAUGUUUCCUUCUUGCCCAGAGUUAAGUCGAGGUUCAUGCCUCUCUCAUGUUUGUUGAUAAGCUAGUUUAGCACUGAAGCUUCAUAUCGGGAAAUAGCCACCCUUUUCUCAUCUGAACAAUAAUACCUGCUUGUUUCAAAUUCUUAUACUAUUCUGCAUGUUUUAUUAAAUGUUUUUGAAUUUGUUUCAAAACUGAAUCUCAAAAUAAGACAUGUUUAGGAUUGCAAGGAUUAAUUUAUCGUCUGUUUGCAGGUCGGUCCCUAACAGUCAGAUAUGGUGACUUUAAGCUUACUUAGAUAGGCUAACAGGCCACUGUGUUUAGCUUUAAGUUAAGUGUACAGACAUUAUAGUAUUAUAGUAUGUCAUCUGUAAUGUCAGUGUACACCCAUCUUUAACUGCACAGUGUUUUUAGCAUUGAGUAACCCUGAGCUGUAACCCUGAGCUGUACCAUAGUCUUUAAUCAGCACACCCCUAUGUGUUACAAACUGAGUCCCACAUAACAACGUAGCUGAAUAGUCAGAUCAUGAUCAUGGUGAAUGGAUGGUACAAAAUCGGGACACUUUGUCUGCAUCCAUGAGGCCUGGUUAGUCUGAGUGUGACUGCAGGCAAAUCUAAUCAGCAGAGAUUUUAAUCAGAGCAAGAUGAGACAGUGUACUGUGUGUGCAGAGCGUCUUCUAUGUUUCUGGUUUCCUCUGAAAUGCUGUGCAGACAGAACAAAUAAGAAAAAAUGAAGGAGAUUUUCAUCUGAGUGUGUAAUCAUGGGUAAUCAUCACAGACUGUUCCAUCUUCCUUCAUGAUGAGCAGCGAGACAGUGAGCAGCAUGGUGCUGCAGCUGUGAGCCUCAAGGAUAUAUAUCCCGAAAAUGGAAUAAAUUCCCUUUUGGUGACCUGCAGUUUUUAUUUCACCAUGAUUGAGUUAAAAUCUGUGAGGUUAUUUCCAACAAAGCAGAAAUUCAUACCUCAACCAAGACUAUGUUACUUCUAUUUUUGACAGCAUUUUCAAUCUGCACUGGGUAGUGGUUUGUAAACAUAUUUAUCCAGAAUGUGUAGAAAUAUUUGGAAUCUAAAUGCUGACACUACAUGUGCCAUCUUGGUUUUGCACCACCCAUAAACAAAAGAGCGCCACUUCCAGACACCAGGAACCUUUGCAGGAUGGCGAGGUGUCUCAUCUUGUGUAAACAAAAUAUUGCAUUGCAUGAAGUCUUUGCAGCGACUUUGGGGACUGCUGACGAUAUAUAUUUUUUCACUUAGAAUAAAUGUGUAAAUUUUCUGGAUGAUUUUUUAGAUUUUUAGUCUGUUAAAUAGGAAAAAUAAUGGCAUUGUCAAUCACAGUUCAGCUGAUAAUAUCACAAGAUGAAAUAUUAAGCCUAAGUGUAAACAAUGAAAAGUAGUAGAAAAGCAGAUGUUCCUAAAUGUGAAUUUUCCCACAUGUUCGGUCACGAGAUUAGAUUUAAUUGACUUGUUUUUGAAUGAUGAGUGACCCUUGGCAGCAAUAACUCAAUAGAGGCCCUAGACUGUUAAGAGGACUGCUCUAACACUGUAUCAGUAUUUUUCAUAACAAACCAAAAUUGCUGUAAUGAAAUCACCACCUGAGCCCAGCUCAUAUCCAUGACCAGUUAAUUCCCCCUGGUGGUGGGAAAUGGUACUGACAGUAUCCAGAGUCAGCGGUGCUCUCUGCAUUACUGUAUAUGAGUGGGAAUAAAACCCGUUUCUCCUAAAUUUAAGAAUAACAAGACAGUUUUAGGAUAGCUAACAUUUUCUGUGUGUGUGGACCAUCAAUCACAGUGAAGUCUCACAAUUCACCUUUGACCCUGGCAUCUGUGUCACAGGACAUGACUCAGUCCUGGCAGUCCCAGCAGGCCUUAGGGGGUGACCAGGCCCAGCGAAUACUCUACAACCCAAAGGUAUGUAAAUGUGUGUGUGUGUUUGUAGGGAGAGGGCGGGGGUGUUUCAUCAAAAAAUGAGCCCCUUGGCAAACAUCUCCUCCAUCUGAAGAGACACACAUUUGUGUGGUUUAGGGCAUUAUGUCAUUAUGUGUGUCUUUGCAGAUGGACUGUUUCUCUGAACAGUGUUAUUUUUUAUUUCUUUGUGUUUUUUUUAAAUCUCUCUGAAAUCAUUUAGUGUCUUUUUGUAGCAGUACUUCAUCUCUUGUUUGGUUUGUGUCUUUGUAGUACUCUUUUUGACUUUGUGUAUUUGUUUGGUGUCUUUUUGGAGCAGUACUUAAUCUCUAUAUUUAUUUCCCUCUUUGUAGUAGUUUUGUCUCUACUUGUAGUUGUUUUACCUCUCUUUUUAGUUGUUUUUGUCUUGUGUUUUUUUCCUCUUGUACUUUUUCUUGUGUUUUAUGUGUUGCUUCAAUUUUUUUCUGACUUUAGUAAAUUGCGUCUCCUUGAUAAAAAUGUGCAUCUAUUUGUAAUGGUUUUGUGCUUCUUUGUAGGAUUUUUGCUUCAUAUUGAUUGUUUGUCAUCUCUGUGUGGUUGUUGUUGUGUUGCUUUGUUGAAAUACACCACUUUGAGCAGAGGAUUUGCACCUCAAGCUCUAGGGUCUCCAUGCAUGUGACCAGAGGGGCGUUCACUAAUCACUAUAAUGAGUGUUGUGUGUGUUUCAGUGUUUAUUAUUGAGUACUCUGUCAAUUAAUCUUUUCACAGUUGUUUUCUAAAACAUCUUUGGGUGUUUCUGCAUGUGUGAAAUAAAGAUGAAUAAAGGUUAUUCCGUCUGUUGGACUAAAAGGGGGAGUUAGAAAGAGUCAAAAAACAGGAGGAGGUUAGAAAGUAGUGAGGUUGACAAAAUCCCUGCUGAACUUUUGCUUAAAGAAAAGGUUAUUUAAGGCUAUAAUAUUUGCGAAUUUCAGCAAUAUCAUAUCAACUUUAUUAAAAGAAGUGAUGCCUUGUGGGUAAUGUAGAUAACAGGCCAUAUCAGCACAUUAUUUUUGGCAUAACUGCAUUGAUUGUUUUAUCCAUCCUUUUUUCAGUUUUUGUUCUAAUUUUGCAAAAGUAUCUCUUUUUUUAAAUAAAACUAUUCCUCACUUGUUUGUCACUCUUUUCCCAAGGAAGCAAAACUACCAACUACACAACAAAGGCCAGGUAUGUGUUUAUUGGCUAAUAACUUUGGUUAUAUUACACAGAUUCACAGUAACUUUUUUACGAUGGUACGGUUCGUUGUCUUCUUUUGAUCCUUAUUUCCUCUCUUUCUUUGUAAGGCAGGGGGGAUGUUCAGAUGAGAAUGACCCGUCACCCUCACGUUGCACCUCACAAAUCGUAAGUAGGACAUGAGGAAACAUGAGGAAACAUGAGACACUAAAGGUCAUCAAACCUGAACUGCUGCUUUGGCACGCUCACAGAUGAUUUGAUAUAUCAACGCACAGUUUAUUUUUUCCCCUCAGUAUUUUUUUAAUCAUAAGCAUCAACAACAAAGAUAGGCAUUAAAGACAGAGAAUGAAAGUUCAGGGCAUUAGACCCAUAAAGUCAGUUUACACAGUUUGGGAGGUACAUAACACAGGUCAGGUCAAAGGUCAGGGGACAUUCUUUCAAGCUGUUGGUGAAGAACGAUGUGCUGCUGUUUGUUAGCCCUUUAUUUCCUCUUUUCACUGUGAAACACAUGUUCGGUGUCGUAAGCCAGCUGUUCAAUAUUAUCACACAGCCUGUUAUAUAACAUGGCUGUUUAAUGAUGGUUUACAUCUCUUAAACAUUAAGAAGCUGUUUUUCAUUUUCUAAAAUUUAUAAAAAUAUGAAUGGGUGAUUAUUUUGUAACAAUUUGACCUUUUUUAAGGGUCCAAGUAGACCAUGUUUUCGUUAACUUCAUACAUAUCUUAGCUUUCAAUUCGGGUAUUUUUAGAUCAGGUGAAGUUCGGUUUCUAUAGUUAUAAGAUUUAGUUUUAUAUUGAGUAAGCUGUCUCCUUUUUACAUUUACAUAUCAACAAAAUAAGACAUGAUAUGACAGAUCAAGUGCUCAGUAUUGAAAAAAAUUCAACCCUCAGGAGAAAGAAGAUAAGAAAAAUUGUCAAGAAAAAAAAUAGAUGUAUAACUGCAUCAGUCUGUUUAUCUUGAAAUGUCACAUUUUUAAAAGCCUAGAUAAUGGCAGUGAAAAGUUUUAAAGUCCUUUAAUGAAAUCAUCUAUUUAUAGUAAGGUUAGUAUUAAAAAGAUUAUGUGUGUGUGUGUGUAUAUAUAUAUAUAUAUAUAUAUAUAUAUAUAUAUAUAUAUAUAUAUAUAUAUAUAUAUAAUAUUUUCACAUAAAGUUUCCUCUCUUAUACUAACAGAAAAAGAAUCCUGAUUUCUACAAGGUAUUUUGUUAGUUUUAAAGCUGCUGUGAUGAACUGACAGAUUGAACUGGUUGCAGUCUUUUACAGUCAAAUGUAUCACCUCUUGUAAGUGUUUGUCGUAAACACAAGGUUAAAAAAGUUGUUUCUUCAGCUUGCUGUCCAUUAUCUGCUCACAAAAAAGUUUCAUUAUCAGUUUCAGUCUAUCUCUCAACUAGUUAAAAACUCCUUACAGUGCCUUUAUAUCUGCAAAAUAAGUGAAAACAGAUUGGAUUGGAGGGAAACAGAUCUUAUUGGUUGUUGGAAUAGAAAAACAACUCUUUGGUGCAACUUUACUGUGAUUAAAUAUUACCCCAGUGUGUGAUUCUGACUGUGUCUUUGUUUACAGGAUGCUUGCUGAUGACCUGAAGCUGAGCAGCGAUGAUGAAGACUCUCAUAGGGUAAGGGUGACACUUUGCAUAAUGCCUGAUGAUGCAAGUUCAAGUAGCAUUAAUGAAAGGAUUAAAUUUCUGUAUUUUUCAGUAUAACCCCAAUUAGAUGACCUUAUGAGUAAUGUUUAUUUACAAAAUUCUGCUACAAGGAGGCUGAGCAGAGUAAAAAAGUCCUUAAUGAGGCAUUAUUGUGAACUCUAGAGAUGUAUUGUUUCAAAUUAAAUUACUCUUGAGUGUGUAGAGGAUCUUAUAAUAUUGUGGUAGAUCAUUAGAUUAUGAAUUAGCAGGAAAUUCUUGCAUUUUCAGAAAAAAGUUUCUGAUAAUGCUGUGUUUGACAUGUUCAUGAAGUCAGAGGCAGAUAGACACGUUGGCCUUUCUCAUACUGCAAGCCCACAAUAGUGCCAUCACACACCUACUUUGCCCUCACACUUUGAACUAAAAUGAAAUGACUGAAAAGACUGUGUGUAACAGGACAGACAGAGAAAGGGCAAAGAGAGACUAAACCAAAACAAUGAUGCUGAUGAGAUUGCUUUGUCUGGUUAUGGCUAAUGCUGCGAACCCACUCACAGUUGGAAUUCACAAACUUUACACUUUGUCUAUGUUUGCAGCUCAUUUGAAAAAUAUCAAGAAGCUGAAGUGUUACAUGCAGUAAAGCAAAAGGUUGCUGAUGUGAAUGAUAUGUUUCUUUCUCUGCUUUGUGUCCCUGAAGGCAACUCAUGAGUCAUCUUCCUGGGAAGGACAAAGGUACUUGAUUAAAAACAUCAAUGUGCACAUAUUGUGGAUAUGAGCUUAGCUGUUUGUCUGUAAACAUGAGUCAAGCUGUGAAUUAUCCAUCUGCCUGUCUGUGUGUGCUCCCCUCGGUUGUGUACGUAUGCUGACCCCUCUCAUGUUUGUGUGUGUGUUGACUGACAGCCUGUCAGCACAGCGAGCGCACACACAUGGCAGGCGGGUGAGACAUUCCAGCUCCGACUCUUCGGGCUCUGAUUCCAGCGCUGAGUCCAGCAGCAGUAGUCUUCACUCCUGGAGCCCCAGUCGGAGUCCAGAAGUUCAGUCAGACCCGGCGUCUCCUGCUUACACGCAGCAGCCAUGCAACAACAAGGAGGUACUGACCACUACUGACCUUAUCCUCUUCUCUUUAUCCUCUUUAUCACUGUCAUUCUUUCCUUUUUCUUUGGGUUGUGUGUGUUUGCUUCUGGGUGAAAUCUCUUAAGGGAGUGGUGGCCUCAAGGCAGUUGGAAGUAUAUGUGGAGGGGGUCAGAGGAAUGAGGAACUCACGUGAGUCGGGGAGGAGGAUGACAGGGGUGGAGGACGCAGAGGUAGUCUUGGGAAUUAGUGCCUGGGUGUCAUGUCAACAGGUCCAGUCUUAAAAAGGAAAGCCCUCAGGACGUGGAAGAAGUCUGUAAGCUUCAAGCUCAUCUUGACAUUUACAUCUAGAAUAACUUUGUCCUUCAAAAUAAAAGUGGAAAGUGGAAACUAAGGAAUGUGGACUACUUCUGUGUGAUUAUCCUCAAUAACCGCUGAAUGGUGGACUUAGCUCUGAAUUGACAGAGAGUGUUAGGGUAUGUAGGGCAUUGUGGGGGUUGGUUUGAGCGUGUGCUAGGAUGGGAAUCAAAGAGAAACCUGCUCCUCUUUUAUGAAUGGUAGGCCCUGUACAACUCAGUGGACUGCAUUGCUAAACAUGCACUACAUUGGGCCCCUAUGGGGGGAGUGGGGGGUGGAGUGUGUGUUAUGAGGGGGUGCACACCAUGUGUUUUUCAUUUACGUGGACUGUUUAAAUGUCUCCCAAGGAAGAGAUGGGGGUUGGAGUUAUGGAAGCAGCAAAUCCAGAGUUCCAGGUAGCCAGAGAAAGAGGGAGGGACAGAAAAAGAAGGAGGGAGGGCAACCGAGACGGUACAAGAGAUGCAGUGUCUUCACUGGAAACAGGGCGCGGGAUGUGGGGAGGGAGGGAGGGGGCCACUGUUUGACUUGAGGAGUAAGUAGAGGUUUAAUUUAGCUCCAGGUCAGCAAAGAGAGAAUAAGACAACGCCAGAAAGAGGAAGAAGUUUGCUUUUAAGCUGUGAGUAUUACCUCCAUUUAUAAUUUGAGGAGCUUUCUCUUGUUUUUCUCGCUCUUGAGGUUACCACGCCAGUUGUUAAGCAAACAUUAUGUGAGUCAUUUGGCAUAAUUGGAUGGGGGUUGAGCUACUGUAAGCACAGAUGCGGGCUGUGGGACGAUGUAGAAAGUAGGCUAUUGAAAGGAGGUUACAGUGUCAGUUGGAACUUUUUCACUCUUGUGUCAUAACCCAAGUUUUCCACAUGCCACUUAGAUUAGUAUUCAUGGAUUUCUGAUGGCUGUUGUAAGGUGAGACUGCUGGGGUAUGUGAGGAUACACAAAAAUAAGUCCUUGGUUUAAUGUGAUCCUGCAUUCUUGGCAUCAGCGUGGUUAUGCCUUAAUUAGUAAAUAAAACACACGUGUCUACUGUGGAAUUUAAGUAAGUGCAUUAACUUACUGUCUGUAUUAAUUUGCUUGAGUACUCUUCUACUACUACUUUACUCUCCUAUGAUGUGUAUCUAGAGAAACUGAAGCUCGUUCAACUUUGAAUUAAUCACUUUUUUGUUGCUGUCAUUCUCUUUAAACAUCUUCUUGCCGUCACUUUUAACCUACAAUAAAGUCUUGAAUUGUUUUCUAAAAUUUAUGACUUCAUCGAAGAUGCCUCAUGUCAAUUUCUACCACAUGUUAAGAUUCUGCCUGGAUUAUAAGACAUUUGUUUGUUUCUUUUUCUGUAUCUUGUAAGGCUGAUCACCCCUCUUCUGCCCAGUGGCAGCUGGAUAAAUGGCUAACGAAGUCUCACAAAAAAUCUGCCAGCAGUGAACAGGAGCUCACCCAGAGCAUUCCAGGACGUCUUCCCUCCCCCUGCACCCAGAGAGCCCCGUCUCCCGCCAGGUCGUGGGACAGCAAUCAGGAAUAUAGCCCAAGCCAAAGUCCUAUUCCAAGCCCACAGUUCAAUUUCAGCGACCCCAAUAGCCCCCUGCCUAGUCCUGGCUAUAGUUACUGCCCUAGCCCCAGCCCAUUCCCCAGCACCUGCCCCAGCCCCAGCCCAAUCCAAACCCUUGGUACAAGUGUUUACCCCAGUCCAAGUGGGAGCCCAAGAGUCAGCCGUAGCCCUAGCCCUAUACAUCGAGGCCCCCCGCGGAGCCCAAGCCCAAGUUUGCCUCCUCCUUCCAGGGUUCGUCACUACCCUGAAGCUCAGACUCGGAUUCAAACAAAGCAAAGUGUAGAAAGUGAUCCACAAAGAACAGUAAAGAGGUCUUGCAUUGCCCCAUUGCCAAACACCAACAACAAGACCAAGCCUUCAAACAGUACCCAACAUCAGCAACCUCACCAGCACACAGCCAAGACUCGGCCUGACCAAGUCCAGAACCAAAGCAAACCCAAGGAUUCUGCUGUUUUAAACUCCAACCACAAAUCUAGACCCAAGCCUAACUCAAAUCCAAGUUGUAGACAGAACUCAGAGGUCCCCAAGGAAAGACAUACAUCACAUUUUGAGCAUCACCAAAGAAGUAGAUCCAACCACAAUUCAAACCAUAAGGCCAGGCCUUUAAUUCAGCCUCACACACAACAUAGCCCCACAAGAGAAAAGCACAUAGUUCCCACAAGUCGGGCCACCAAUGCUAAUCACAAUUCCCAUUCCCAAACUACCUCUAAAGGUGCUCCUACAAAUUCUAAUACUGGGGUAAACUCUAGAUCAAACCCUAACCUUGAUAUUUGGAUCAAGUCUUUUGGGGGGACUGUUCAAAAUUCUGUGAACGAUACCAAAAGUCCACAGAAGAAACCCCAGGCCAAAGAACAGGAGGUAGGUCACAGAGGACAUCACCCAACCCAAACAGAGGGGAGAAAAGACAGAAAAAAAGACAAACAUCAGGAAAAGCAACAAGGGAAGCAGGAGAGAAAGGAAGACAGGAGGCUGGCGGAGGAGCAGCUACUGAGACGUCCCUGGAUCCAGAGUUCAGCAGACGAAGAGGAGGAGGAGGAGGGUCAAGAGGAGGAGGAAGAGGAGGCGGAGGCAGUGACAGAGAAGCAGAGAAGGAGAGGGGAGACAGCACGAGAGGACAACCGAGGGCGAAGGGAGCAGCAGAACAGGCGCGAAUGGCAAACAGCCCAGGCCAAACAGAGACAACCCAACAACACUGGGCAUCAACGUCUUCGAAACGACUCACACACCCAGGGAAGAACCAAAAAGGGAGGGAGAAGUCAGGAAGGAAGAGUGUUACAGCAAGAACCAUCAACUCCUCCUUCAUGUUCCCCAACUCCUCGUAGGUCAUCCUCCUCAUCCUCUACCUCCUCUUCUUCAGGUUCAGACUCAGAAUCUGAAUAUCAGGCUCCUGUCACCAAAGUCCCAGCUGACUCUACCUCUCACAAGAGACCCUCUAAGAGGGAGAAACAAGGUCCAGGUAGGCCGGACAACAACAGGCCAAAGGUGGUGCACUCCAGAGAACCCACAUCAGGGAACCCAAGUGAGGGGAAGCAAAAACUCUACACCCUGGUCCCAUUUGGGCGAGGUGAUAAGGCUACAGCAUCUUCCCAGCGAGGGCUCAGAAAUCUGGUGGUACAGAUAGAUCUUUGUCUCCUUAAAAGGGUCCCAGACAGCACAACCAGUACCCCUGUUAAAAAAUCCUCUACUUCCUCUACUGCUUUAUCAACCAAGGACAAACAAAGAGAGGCUAUGAAACACUUGUUUGUCCCUGAGACUGGAGCGAAAGAUGGCAAAAGGAAACGCAAGGUAGACAGCAUCUAUACUGUUUAUAUUUGCAUGCUUUAUCCUGAAUUAUAAGGCAGAAAGAAUCAGUAUGGGGUUGUUUUUCAAAACAUGCAUUUGUUUGUUUAUGUAUUACCAGCUGGAGAAUGGUGUGCCACACAGAGAUAACAAAAGGAGUAUUCCUUAUGGGAAUGAUCCUCCAGUCCAUUCUGGGUCUUCAGCUCACACAACUGAACACAACUUUGUAACUGAGAUGACACACAAUGGGUAAGAAAACACCAAGCAUGCAAAUUUGUUCACAUCAGACUUCACAUGUGUCUGUGUCAGUGUUACACUCUGUGGGUGUGUGUACUUACAGGUACUUGGAGGAAUACUUGGAUAGCAAGAGGCCACUGACUCCCCUGUCACCACUCUCCGACAGCCCCGAGUCAGCCAUGCCUACCCCUAAACGAAAGACAUCAGACCAGCAUCACAUCUCCAAGAACAGAGACAAGAAUAGAGAUUCUGCUAUAGAGGUGAAUCAGUCAGGACUACUUUUGUCAUAGAUAAUUCAUCAUGUGCAUCCAGAAGUUAUAUUCGGUGGUAUUGCUCUGCUGUGAGAGCCUCCUGACUUCCCAAGCCUAAGGCAGGGAGAGCAGCAGCGAGGACCAGGGAACAGAGCAGUCAGUGACAACAUAUUGGAUAUGACACCAGUGAAACCUGACGAUGAAACAGGGAGGAGCUGGGGUGGAGGUGGGUUGUAAAGGGGGUUUGCAGAAGAAGGCAGGCCAAAGCAUCUUAAACAAAAUGUCUAAUUAGAUGCAUUAAAGGUAACUGGCUGAGCUGGGCGGAUGUACUGUGGGCUGAGCUUGAAUUUGUGGCCUGCCUGAACUAACACUAUGCUCAAUUACAACUAUGUCUGUUUAGAUCAUUCUCACUCAGCUGCUUGCAGCCUUUGGGUUUAUUCCACCUCUUGUCAACUUAUUCACACAGCCCAAGAUGGAGGUGGGUAUACAAAAAGUGUCAAGACAGCCACAGCCACCAUCUGAGUCCUGGGGCCCUGGGGGACACAGAGGGUCCUUGCCAAACAAAGAAACGUGAGUGCCUCCCAAAUCCACUGACUGUAUCGGCAUUGUAUGGCCCAUAACGCCAACAGCCAAGAUACCCACAAUGCAACCUUGGUGUUUUGACUAACUUGUCUACAUCUCUCUCUUUAGCCCACACCAUGCUGAGUACUACUUACAUGAAGCUAAAAGGAUGAAGCACCGGGCAGAUGCAAUGGUGAGUCUUUGAUUUAGUUUGAAUUGUUUUGAGAAAUUAUGCCAUUUACAAGUCUUGACCUGUAAAAUCUGUUAUUACUUGGUUAAAUAGAAAAAUAACACAUUUCCUGCCACAGAGUCAGACGAAAAGAUUGGUCCAGAACUUGGUUAGCCUAUCCUAGCAUAAAAACAAAUACACGUUCAAAGUGCUCCAUAACUACUCAAAGCCACUGCCAUCAACAAAACUGUCCCUUAUGAGAAAAAACAAAAAUGAAAUGGGACCAGCCCCCUUUGUACUCUAAGCAACCAUGAAAGUAAUCUGUGUUAUUGUCUCAUAGCAUUUAAACAUCUCAAACUUUAAUUUAUUUAGAUGUCAUCUGAAAGUGGUUGUAUCUGUGAGGUUAACUUUUACACCUCAUCACUUUUCACAAAUAUUGGAUUCCAAAGAUAAUAUUUUCCCCAUGCUACACAACCUAAUCUGAAAAUGUCUAGAGAAGUGGAUUUAUCUUUUUGAAGAAGAACAGACUGCAGCUGCACAGGUAUUAGAAGACAGAAACAGCUGUUUCCUCCUGUGCUACGCUAGAUUGAACAGUUCAUAGAUUCAUUUCUAGGGUACAGAGCGUAAGUCCCUCUUGGCUAUUUUUGGCUUGUUUUAGUUGCUUAAUCAUUAAGAAUUUUUGGAAUGACUAUUUCUACUUUACAUUUCUUCUUUUCCAGGUGGACAAGCUUGGGAAGGCUGUGAAUUACAUUGAUGCUGCUCUGUCUUUCAUGGAAUGUGGGAAAGCCAUGGAGGAAGGCCCACUAGAGGCAAAGUCUCCUUAUACCAUGUACUCAGAGACUGUGGAGCUUAUUAGGUGAGUCUGUCAUUCAUGCAAAGACACGACAAAAAUUAUGCUAAUGUGGACAAACACAUUAAGAGAAAAAGGUACACACAAACCUGAACUGCAGAUCAGCUGUUAACAGACAUGUGUCUUCAGGUAUGCAAUGAGGCUGAAGAGCCACUCUGGCCCAGGGGCGAGACAGGAAGACAAACAACUGGCGGUUCUGUGGUGCGUAUCUCAUCUCCGCUGUUUAUACCACAUCUGUCAUCGGGUUGAAGGACCUGAAUUUUGAGCAUGACUUGUGGUCUGUCUGACUCUCUCUCUCUGACAUUUGUUUGUGUCCACAGUUUCCGAUGCCUUGCCCUCCUUUACUGGCAAAUGUUUCGACUGAAGAAGGAUCAUGCACUGAAAUACUCCAAAGUCCUGCUGGACUACUUCAAGGUACAUCUAAAUAAAAUCUCCUGUGUCAUUCCCAGGAAGUUUUCAUUGUUAUGUGAUUUUGCUACAAAAGUAAAUAUUUAGGGUUAUGUGGCUUUCAGUGUCAUUUAUGGUGUCAUUACAGAGCUCUCCCAAAGUGCCUUCAACACCUCCAGGCUGGAAUGACACUAGGAAGUAGGUGGAUAAUAACUUUAUUACAGGGUGAUUGUUUUUGUUUGCUCUCGCUUCAACUGCUGAACCUUUGCCUUUUUUUGUCACUCUUUGCAACUCACAGAGGCACAGCAGGUCCCCCUUCUUCACUGUCACCAAACACAAAACAACUCAGACAGGUUUCACAUGGGGGCAACAACUUCCCCUCUCACAUAAGCAUUCCCCAACGUAUCCACCAGAUGGCAGCAAAUCAUCUGAACAUUACCAACAGUGUCUUGUACAGUUAUGAGUACUGGGAGGUGGCAGACAACCUUGCAAAGGAGAAUAAAGGUAUGUAAGAGCGAGAUAGGGUAAAAGCGUUCAUUUAGAGAGACUUGAAAAUAAUCUGCAUAUUUCAGAUGAAUCUAUAAAAGCACUAAUGGAGGUCUGUCUAUUUUGUCUUUGCAGAAUUCUUCAACUACUUGAAUACGUUGUCUGGGCCUUUGACUCUUCACAGCAGCAUUGCUCAUGCAGUCCAAUACACCAGACAGGCUCUUCAGUGGAUACGCAUUAGUGCCAAACUUAACUGA